AUGGCGAGUGUACCAAGUCUAUGCGACAUACUGAUACCGCUAGAAAAGAAUAGUCGCAGCGACGGCGAUGCUGAAAGUAGCAAUACAGUGCUGAUUCAACUGCGAAAAGGGCAUCACGAACGGAUGCGUUCUCCUUACACAAUACAAAAGUUUUACAAAUUUCUAAAAAGAGCUCAUUGUGAGGAAAAUUUAGAAUUUUUCGAAAAAGCUCAUCAGUUCCUCCAGCUUAAGCAAAACAGGAGUAUUAGCGAGGAGAAGCUCUUGGAAGUUUGGAACAAGUCGUUGUACAUAAAAUACAUUGCCGUGGACUCCCCCAAAGAAUGCAACUUUUCACAGGAUACUAGGGAGAUAUUUGAGAAGUGCUUUGCUAACAAUGAAGUACCUGCCGACGUAGACGUCCUGUGUGCCAUUAGCCAUGUGAUGGGCCUAUUAAUGGACGGGUAUCACCGAUUUGUGAGUUCUGUUAAUGAGAAAAAGUACUCCGCCACAUAUGCCCACAAUGACUCUGCUACGGAACAAGAUCUCAAAAACGAGUCUACAACUUCUUUUUCGUCAUUAGGCGUGGAGGAUAUUUCUGAAGAUAGAAAUUCGUAUCUUAAGAAGCCUGAUAUCAAUGGUUUGUCAACUAUCAUUCAAGAAACGUCUGCAAACACGACCAAUGAGUCGCAAUGCAGCGAUCGCACUUCUCGGCCAAGCGAGUCCUCUUCCUCACUCAACACUACCAGCUCGACCUACAAGAAUACCAGCACUAGAAAUCUGCAAAAACCGCAAAAUACAGGAAUUCUCAACUCGGGGAAAGGUUUAUUGCAAAAACUUAACUUUGUUAAAAAACGGAAAUCUUUCAAACAGCCUUCAGGCGUCAUUUGUAGCCAUUAUAACAGCAAUGUUCAAAACCGUUUGAAAGGACAAAACAGUCAUCAACAAAGAUAG